AUGGCAUCCUUCCUAAGUUACUUCAACCGCAGAGAUAGCGGAAACACAGCAACAAAACCUGCCUUGGACAAGCAGCCCGUGAGAGCACUUCCUGCAUCAUGGUACACAUCUGCCGACAUGUACGAGCUCGAACGCCGUGCCAUCUUCUCCAAGCGCUGGCUCCUUAUCACACACAAGCUCCGUCUCACCAAGCCUGGUGACUUCCUCCGCUACGAUGUAGCAGGCUUCCAGUUCGUUCUUGCCAAGGACCGUCAAGAGAACAUCAACGGCUUCCACAACAUCUGCCGUCACAGAGCCUACCCCGUUGUCGAGAAGACUGAAGGCACAGCUCGCAUCUUCGCUUGCAGAUACCACGGUUGGUCGUAUGGAUUGAACGGAAAGCUCGCAAAGGCACCUGACUACCAAGAGCUCGAGGGAUUCAACAAGGAGGCCAACGGACUUUUGCCCAUCCACGUUCACGUCGACAAGAACGGUUUCGUCUGGGUCAACAUGGAUGCGAAAGCGGAACCCGAGAUUGCCUGGGAAGACAACUUUGAUGGCGUCGAUAUUCAAACACGCUACGAGCAGUUCGACUUUGACAACUAUCAGUUUGACCACAAGUGGGAGAUGGAUGGCCCUUACAACUGGAAGAUCUUGGCAGACAACUACAACGAGUGUUACCACUGCCCGACAACCCACCCCGAUAUUCCGGCUCUGGCAGAUCUAGAAGCUUACUAUGUCAACACAACCGCAAAGCACAUCCAACACGAGGUCGCAAGUAGACCGGACCAAGUCGCCGCUGGCAUGACUGUUGUUCCGACCUACUAUUUCCCCAACGCCUCUGUCAACGCAACACCAAACUUCUUCUUCAUGCAACGCUUCGUACCCCACGCCGCUGGCAAAGCAACCAUGAGCUACGAAGUGUACCGCAACAAAAACGCCACAGACGAAGACUUUGAAAAGAUCAACCAAAUGUACAAGCGCAUCAUGUCCGAAGACAAGGUCCUCUGCGACGCCGCCCAAAAGAAUGUCAACGCCGGCGUCUUUGUCAGCGGCCUCAUGCACCCCCGCAUGGAAAAGGGACCCCUCUACUUCCAAAACCUGUGCAGAGAAGCAGUCACCGAACACCACGACAAGGAAAAAGCUGCCGGUGCAAAGAUCCACCCGGCGAGACAGCAGAUGAGUGCUGCAGAGAUGCAGAGUGAAAAGGAUAUAGACUUUUGCUCUGGGUUGGCUUGUGGAGAGGAGCAGCAGGAGGCUUUGGCUUGGUAG